UUUCGUUCACACAUCAUCAUCCUCUUUGAUCUUGAUCAUUUGAUUUUUGAUUUUCUUGAUCAAAAGACAUUCAUUCGGUUACUAACAAUGGAAACAACAACAACAACUGCAUUAGAAUAUUUUGGUUUCAUCAUAACAUGGUUUAUCGUAAUACGUAUUAUAAUAAUCAAAUGGUUAUGGCAAUUAUUAAAAUAUUUAUGGAUAUUUUAUCUACAAAAUCCACAAAAACAUUAUCAAAAAUAUUUUCAAUUAUCAACAUCAUCAUCGACAACAUCGGCAUCAUCGACAAAAUCAAAUGGCUGGUCAAUAAUAACCGGUGGUACUGAUGGUAUUGGUUUAGCUUAUUGUAAACAAUUAGCUAGAUUUGGUUAUCGUUUAUUUAUCAUUAGUAGAUCAAUUGAUAAACUGGAAUCAAUACGUUCAGAAUUAUAUGAACAAUAUCCACAAUGUCCUGAAAUACGUAUAUUUCAAUUUGAUUUUUCGGAAAAUUUUGAAUCAAUAAAUUAUGAUCGAUUAGAAAUUGAAAUUGAAAAAUUAUCAAAAAUCAAUAUUUUAAUCAAUAAUGUUGGUAUUUCAUAUCAUACAACCGAAUAUUUUACAAAAAUAUUACAACAAGAACCAAAAUUUAAUGAAAAAAUAAUUAAUGUUAAUAUUGUAUCUGUAUUACGUUUAACAUUGAUUUGUUUACCUAAAAUGAUUGAACAACAACAGCAAGCAAUAUGCCCUAUGCCAUUAUUAUCAUCAUAUUCCGCAAGUAAAGCAUGUAUAGAUCAUUUUACACAAUGUUUACAAUUAGAAUUACAACAACAACAAGAAAAAUAUCAACCACAAAUUCAUUUACAAAGUAUAUUACCUGGAUUUAUAGCAACAAAAAUGUCAAAAAUGUUACCAUCAUUAACAGUACCAACAGCUAAUAAUUAUGUAAAAUUAUCAUUAUUAUCAAUUGGUCAUACAAAUCGUACAUUUGUUUAUUUUUUUCAUUGUUUACAUAAUCAAUUAUAUCAAUUUUUUCAUUAUUUUUCUUUUAUAAAUUUUUAUCAAAUUAUUGCUUUUAAACAAAUGUUAAAAUUACGACAAAAAUAUUUACAAAAACGUAAACAACAAAAACAAAAAAUUCAAUAAAAAUUCAAUAAUCAUGUUACUUACCGAAAUAACCGAAUGAUAAUUUGAUCAACAAGUGUCCAACCAGCAAAAAAGUUUUUGUUUGUAAUUUUUUCGUUUGUUAUAACGAUGAUGACAAUCAACAAGAUCU